AUGUCUUUCAAAGACACCUUCACCAAGGAUGAUCAGAAAGAGGGACUUCUCGGAUACGAUGACACGGCCUUCUACUACUUCUUCAGCAGCGUGCUGGUGACUGUGGCCGUGCCAUGGACAUGCUCAGUCAUCUACAACUUCCUCUUCCCCGGUCAAGCCCAAGUGGAAAAGGAUUUCCCAACCAAAAGCAAAUCUGGGAGUAGAUAUCACUACUGUCAAAGCUCGCAGAUGGUGGACAAGAUAGAAAAGGCCCGCCAAAAGGCAAGGAGAGCAAGUGCAGGCUCGUCGUUCACCGUGAUCAUCAAAUUGUCGCUGUUGGCUGGUAUUUGGUUGACUAUAUACCUGAUCCACUUGCAUCUUGGUGAUGCGAAAGAGAUCAAGAGGUUUGAUCCAUUCGAGAUUCUGGAUGUCAGUCCCGGCGCAUCAGCAACCGAAGUCAAGAAGGCGUACCGGCAGCUGUCUUUGAAAUACCACCCGGACAAAAACCCUGAUGAUCCGUUGGCUGCUUCACGCUUCAUGCAGAUCACGAAGGCACACAACGCGCUAACAGAUGAGACAGCCAAAGCCAACUACGAGAAGUACGGCAAUCCGGAUGGUCCACAGACAUCAAAAGUUGGCAUCGGGCUGCCACCCUUUUUGCUGGAGAAGGAGAAUCAUCUGAUGAUACUUUGCCUCUUCUUCUUUCUGCUGCUCUUUGUUGUGCCUAUGGCGUUUAUCUGCUACUACCAGAGGACGAAGAACUACGCGGCCAACGGUGUCAUGAUAGAGACCCUCCAAUUCAUGGGGUACUAUAUCAACGAGGCCACGCGGCUCAAGAACUGCCCUGAGCUGCUUGCAGCUUCAGCAGAGAGCAGGGGCAUGUCUCUGAGACCAUCGGACAAUGCAGAGAUGAAGACGCUUUCCGCGCAGGUCGUCGAGCAUAAGAAGCGUCAGUUUACGGCUCCCAUCAUCAUCAAGAACAACUUCUUGCUUCUUGGCCACAUGCAGCGGCUACAUCACCUGAUGUCCGACGACCUCCGAGCAGAUCUGGAUGAGAUGCUGAGGCAUUCGCAGAAGAUUACACAGGCGAUGAUUGAGAUCGCCUGCAUGCGUGAAUGGUUCUUCACAGCCCAGGCCAUGAUCGAGUUCCGACGCUCCCUCAUUCAGGCCUUGGACGUCAAGAGUUCACAGCUCCUCCAAAUUCCUCACUUCAACGAAGAAAUCCUCAAGCACUGCCUCAAGGGCAAGAAUGCCACUUCGACGCUGCUGGACUACCUGCAAAAAGACCGCGAUCAGAGGAAGGGGCUGACCACAAUGUCUCCUGACCAAGUUGCGGAUGUGGAGGCAUUCACUGCUCACGUCAGCAACAUGGAACUGAAGGCCAUAACAGAGGUCGAGGACGAGAAAGACAUUGUUGUUGGUGACAUUGCGACCGUUACCUGCCAACUGACGCGGAAAAAUCUGCAGGAGGGUGAGGCCAUGGGCCCGGUGCAUGCGCCGUUCUACCCUGAGCCCAAAUUCGAAGAAUGGUGGAUCUUCCUGGUGGAGGGUGCGCCGAACACAAGAAUCAUGGGGUUCGAGCGAAUCCGGGACACGGACCGGGUCGUCGAAACCAAACUGCGCUUUCAGGUCUCUCGGCCGGGCAAACACAGCCUCACAGUCCACGCGCUCUGCGAUUCCUACGUGGGCAUCGACCAGAAGGUGGACCUGAACUUUGUUGUGCACACGGAGGAGGAGGUGAAGCGCGAGAUCUUUGUUCAUCCUGAGGAUGAGGAUCUGGAUUUGCAGCCAACUCUGUUUCAACAGUUCAUGGGCGAGCUCGGAGGUGAUGACGAGAGCGAGGAGGAGGAAGACGAUGAGAAGAGCAAAGGCAAGAGCAAAGUUGAGAAGCUCAGCGAUGGCAAGCAGCAGAAGGCCUGUCCUAUGCCAAGCGUUCUGUGGUCUGCGAGUCUGCAUCAUGCGAAUCCGCAGCAGGCCGACAGUGAUAAUGAGGAUGACAAGAAGGCCAUGCAGAAGACGCCCGCUCUUUCCAGCUUGUUUGCGCGAUCCGAAACUUGCAGGGGGAGGAUAGCGAUUCCAGUGGUAGCGAUUCUGACGGUGACUAGGCGCGCCCGGCUCCCGGACACUCGCCCGCAGCUGCUGGGCUCCCGAGCAGACCGGCUGGGACGCCUGACGCAACUUGCCCGGACCAUGCGGGAAGCCAAACGGGUCGCAAGUGCACAUGUCCGACAGUGUGUUCUGUCACAGGUUGGGCUAUUGCACGUGAUCGACGAUGCUUGGAAAGCCCAGGCCUUGCCUGAAGACGACUUGGUUCUACCAGAAGGACAUCAGAUCAAUCUGGAUGAGUCCGACGACAAAACGCCGGAAAUGGAGCGCUCAGAGGAGAGAUGGUGCGAGUUGCCCUUGACGCACUUCCUGGAAGAGGAAGCAGAGGUGGCUGUUGAUAGGGGAGCUUCUAGCUUCUAA